AUGGACCCCACCCCACCACAUACACCCUCUACUUCACCGCAUCAGCAUCACACCACCGAUUUGGUAAACUUGGAAGCAGCAAACUUUGUUGGUGGUGGUGUUUACCGAGUGAUUGUUGAAUCUGGUGAGUUGAAUCGGUCAAUGGCAACUUCCUCUUCGAGAGGACCAGUAAGUUCAUCGUUCUACAACAACAACAAACCUUCAAGUCCGUUUUCGUCGUCUUCUUCGUUCAAGCAGACUGUACCUCAAUCAUUCGCAUCCGCAUCGACAUUUUACGGAGGCUCCGGAAACAGUUACGGUUCCAGAUCUGAAAAUUUUAACCUCACUACUUCCGAUUCGAUGUAUUCUCGUGGUGGUUACGGCGCGCUUUCGCCUGUAGAUUAUCCGUCUGCUGAUGAGAUGAUUGAUGAGCCGAUUGAUGAUGUUCCGAGAUCCGGAGGAGGUGAUAGCAUUUUUGUUACAAUUCGGUUUAGGCCUUUGAGUGAAAGAGAGUAUCAGAGGGGAGAUGAGGUUGCCUGGUAUGCCGAUGGAGAUAAACUCGUGCGGAAUGAGUACAAUCCGGCCACUUCGUAUGCGUUUGGUACUAUAUCUGGAGUUGAAGAUGAUGAUGUAAUUGGGAAGGAGAAUGAUAAGGGGGUAUUUAUAUUUGGGGUUUUUUAA